UUUGUUAAAUAUGUGUCUUUUUCCCUUCCCACCACCUUCUCCCAACAUCCUCCUCCUCCUCCUUCCUCCGACCACCUUUGCUAUGUCCAUUGCAACGUUUGCGACACGGUUUUGGCGGUGAGUGUUCCUUGUGCUAGUUUGUUCAAAACGGUGACCGUCCGUUGCGGCCACUGCGCCAAUCUUCUACCGGUCAACAUGCGUGGUGGCAUGCUUCUCCCUUCUCCCAAUCACUUUCAUCAUACUGCUUUCUUCUCUCCCAAUGCUCACAAUUUUCUGGAAGAGAUCUCAAAUCCAAAUCCAAAUUUUGUGAUGAACCAAACCGAUGGAAUUGAUUUGGCGAUGGCAACUCGGGUAGGAAACGAUGUUCCAAGGCCACCCCCAAGCAUAAAUAGACCUGCAGAAAAGAAACAGAGAGUACCCUCUGCAUACAACCGAUUCAUCAAGGAGGAGAUCCAACGCAUCAAGGCUGCCAAUCCAGACAUCUCUCACAGAGAAGCCUUCAGCGCUGCAGCUAAGAAUUGGGCCCACUUCCCUCACAUUCACAAUUUUGGUGUUCCUCCCAACAGCAACAACAACACACCCUAGCUGGCUUCUUCAACAGGAAGAAGAUUUUAUGUUGAAAGAUGAUCUGACUUUUGGGUUCAACAAACAUGGGAGACCUCGUCAACGAGUAAGAUGAAAUGAACAUCAACUUAGGAAAUAUGGACCAGGAUGACUUACGUGAUGUAUGAUGUGUAAUUU